AUGAGUUGGGGCAGUAGUUGGGGUCACGACAGCUGGUCGGUCAGGGAGGAGCAUGGCACCGAGGGUGUCCACUGCGGCUCGUGCACGGCGGGCGGCAGUUCGUGGGGCGGCCGCUCCUGGGGUAACGGCUACGACGAGAGGUGCCCUGGGUGUCGGCGGGACCGGGCCGGCUCGCCUUUUGGUAGCGACGGUAUGAUCGGCCACGGAAGCAGCGGCGUGAUGAAGGUUCUCUGCGUCACAGGCGGUUACAAUGUGGCCAAGUCGGUGGCUGCUGAUAGCCAUGCAGCAUCCGGUAGUCAUUCAGAAGACAGCCACUCUCGCAAAAAGUCAGACGCUGAUGGAAGUCACUCAGAAGAUUUCCGAUCCCGCAGCGGGUCAUGUACAGAAGGUUUUCGAUCACGCAGUGGAUCAGGUUCAGAAGAUUUCCGAUCCCGAAGUGGCUCAUGUACAGAAGGUUUCCGAUCACGCAGUGGAUCAGGUACAUCCGGUCGGGACGCUAAAGAUAUCCUCCUUGAAGGUUUUCGCUCCCGCAAUUUAGCAGGUCCAGUCGGCCGUGGAGAUGUUUGUAAAAAACAGGCAGGUAUGCGUGUCAGCUCUCCUCUUGCUUCGGUCGCUGGAGGGACUACUGGUACAAACGUCCGUACUGUUUCCGGUGCAGUCGGUCGGGGAAAUGUCAGCUGCCCCUCGGAAGGUGUUCAACCCCGUCCUACAACAGAUAAAGCCGGCCGGGGAGCUCGUGGUAGCAUCUCGAUAUUCGGCCGCUAGAUUAUAGUGCGAUUUGUUUACAUAACAAUGACUGAAAUUAUAAUUAAUGUAUAUGCACUGUGUGCAUUAUUAACAUAGUUAAUUCCAUGUUUGUAAAAAAUAAAAACACGCAAUUAGUCCUAUAAAAAGCCUUCAACUUAUAACUUACUAUACACAGUAACUAGUACCUAUUCAAUUUAAACAUGAGUGUUGUAUUGUUGUAUCUAUUGGUUGGAAAAUGCAAAUGGUAUAUUAUCGUAUUUUUGCAACCAUUAAGUUCAGUUUGUUAGUAAACAUUCGCAUGCAGGUUUAGGAACUUUUGUCAACUUUUCAGAUUUGUCAUCUAAAUUUAUAAGCUGUUCUCUAAAAAAAAUCAGAUCGUAGCUUUCAUAUUUACGUUUAAAAAUUAAUGUUUAAUGGCUAAAAGCGCUACUAACGCUUUAAGAAAAAUGAAAUUUUGGCAGUUUUCCAAACAGCUGAGAUCUGUUCUAUUUAAGAUUAUCUUACAAGACUGAAAUUAAGGCAUUGAUGCCAAAAACAGCUGAUUUUAAUACAUUUUUAAUAAGACAUUUUUUAAAAUGUCAAACUGUCAAUCUGAUUGAGUGUAACUUUCGGAGAAAAACUAUUUUUAAACAUGUAU